GUGUGGCUGGCAGCCCGCUGGCGCUAGCCGUACCGCAGCCUGACCCGGGCCGCGUCGGGGUACCGGUACCUGUGUACCUGCGCACGAGACAGGACGAGCACGCCGACCUGUGCGCUGGCCGCCGGUGCCGACGCAGUCGCACUGUCUUCACAGAAGCGCAGCUGGUGGGCCUAGAGCGUAGAUUCAGCGCGCAGAAGUACCUGAGCACCACAGACCGGAUAGAGCUGGCCAGGUCACUGGGGCUCACGCAGAUGCAAGUCAAGACCUGGUACCAGAACAGACGCAUGAAGUGGAAAAAGCAGGUGCUGCUGAAGGGGGAGCGGUCACCCACCAAACCCAAGGGCCGGCCCAAGAAGAACUCGGUGCCGUCGCUGGUGGAGCUGCAGCGGCUGACGUUCAGCGAGAGGCCGUCGCCGCCGCCGCCAGCGGCCGGCCAGCCGCAGGACAGCCAGGUGUCCACCUCCCAGCUGGAGGAGCGCGCCGCCGCCUCCUCCUCCUCAGACGACGAGGAGGACGAGGGCGACGUCAGCAGCGAGGAGGCGCCGCCCGAGGCGGCCUCCGGCCCGGCGGACUGAGGUGCUCUGUCUGGAGGAGGCGGCCUCGGGCCCGGUGGACUGAGGUACACGGCCCGAGGUGCGCGGCCUCAGGCAGCAGGGGCGCAGGGGGCAAAUGGCCAUGGUUACUUGUGAGACAGCCAGACAGCCAGCAGUGACGCACGGCCGCCAUCUCUCCGCGCAGUGUGAUGCCAUGUUACAAUCCGUUGGGUUGGAACUGACGGCUCCCAUACGAAAUGCUAAUAGGUCUGAAUGUGUCAGUGGAGGCAACUCCCAGAGCUCACGAAGCUCCAGUGUUACGUGAAAUUGGAUGUGAGUUCACGUUAUUGUGGUUAAGUCUUUCUGCAGUGAUGCUUUCAUCAUGUGAUCCUUAUCAGACUUCAAAACCUCUCUCUAAUUUUUGCUAAGAUUUUGAACGCGAAAUUCGAGCCGUCACGGGACUUGAUGUCUUGAUUGGUUACUUGCACUACAGUGAAGGAGUGUCGUUAUUUAUUGAUAAUACAAGCUUCAG